AUGCAACAAAGAGGGAACACGCUCACGUAUGAAGAGCAAUCGCAAUGGCGGUUCCCGAUCCUCAUCCAUGAUCCAGUGUCUGGAGAUUGGGUCACUUUGAAACCCAAAAACGACUGGAGUGUUACGUCGGUUGCAUACAAGUGCCCCCUCAUUAUCAGUGAGGUGGUCUCACAGGACAAUGUGGAGGACCGAUGGCGGAUGCUGGUCGAAGCUAUCGUCGCCGCUCGUGUUGGACAUCAUCUUCGGAAGACUACCUCGCAAAAGCCGUUCUUCGUCACUGCAAUCUACUUCACCAAGCAGCUUGAAGCGGAGGUAUACGUGUUGCAUCAGGCCAGCAGCACCGAGCCCCGGGUCAACUACUUCAAGACCACAUUUGAGUUGUCAUACGACUCAGAUGCCGUGAAUUUCCUGCGUAGCUUGUACAUUCUGCGGAAAGUCGCAGAGGAGUCCAUUGCGGAGUUGGACGACACGAUGACAAGACUUCUGUCCGAUGUUGAUGCAGCCGCUAAGCCUAUGCACUCCUUCACAAGCCGGCCGAACGUGGGCAGAACACCGAGGGCCUCUCACCAGCGAGUCCGCCCUCCUCUCCCCAUCAUCGGUGAACACCGUGACGAUGAUGAGCCCGAAGACGAAGAAGCAUGUUACGAGGGGUUCGAACACCUGGGGGUUUUUAUGUCUACUGAAGUCCGUGCACUGGCGCGCAAGAUUUAUCGCAAACCGACGCUGCUCACCAUGGCAUCGGGGCGUGACGAUCUGGCACUGAUCGAACUUGCCGCCAUUGAACCCCCUACCAACCACAUCAUCAGACCUACCGACUACUUGCCCACGGACAAGGGCACGGUCAUCUUCAUGCCGGCAGUCGGUCAUCCCAUCACCGACCUAGAUUUGACCUAUCUUUGGAAGCACGUCGAUGAGAUCGCCCGCGAGCUGUUCGAAGCGGUGGCUUUCCUGCACGCACACAACAUCGCACACCUGGACUUGAAGCCCGAGAACAUCGUGAUACCUCCCACGGGCGGACGACUGACCAUCAUCGACUUCGGUUCCGCCAUGCGCGUGAAGAGCCCCAAGCCGUGGUACAAGGGAUGGGUAAGAGGGACGAAAGGGUACAUAGCCCCCGAGGCAGAAAAGGGAGAGAGGUUCUGGCCGCUACGGGCGGACGUGUAUUCACUCGGUAGGGUGGCGCAGGAAAUGUCUUACGACGCGGGGUCCAAGCGGCUGAUGGACUUCGCGGACAAGCUUGUGGUAGACGAUCCACUGAAGCGGCCAACGAUGGAGGAGAUCGUGUGUAUGUGA